CCUCAAAGGCACGACAGCACGACAGCUGGCACGACUGAGUUGAGACAUAUCCUUAGUGAGCAACUUUCGAUCUUUUUGUGUCGAGAUUUUUGCACCCAUCAACCCAUGACCGUUCCCAGCCCACACCAUGAUGAUGAUGAUGAAGACAACCCAAGUACAUUUCCUUCUCCUCUUGCUGCUAGUAGUAGUUGGCAUUUCCCUUGCCAAGACAUCACAGGACACUGUCUAUGAUGAUUAUGCCAGAGAAGAUUCGACACCCCAUCCGCCACUCCACACAACUGCUUUGAGCCAAGAUGACGCUGAAACCCGAAAUUUCGUGAGUGCCACCCUCGGCUCCAACAUGGUGUUGCAACGAGACCGUCCCGCCGUGAUUUGGGGUUUCGUCGAUACUUCUACUACUACUGCUACUAGUACUCCCAUUCAAGUCAAGACGAUAUUACAAAAGGGUGACUACGAUCCCGAUCCUCCCUUGACGACCACGGUAGAUCCUGCCACGGGAAUUUGGAGACAAGUCUUGCCACCCCAGAAUGCCUCGAUGAUUCCCUACACAAUUCACAUUACUUCAUCUGCCAAACACGCCGUACGACUGACCAAUGUUCUCUUUGGAGAUGUCUAUUUGUGUGGCGGACAAUCCAAUAUGCAAUUCACACUCGAUGGGACGACCAAUGGCACGGCCGAAGCCAAGGCGGGAAAUGACUAUCCGCACAUUCGACUUUUUACCGUGGGACAAGGCACCAACUCGCCCAACAUGGAACUCGAUGAUUUGCAAACGGUACUGCAGCCGUGGACAGUCGCCAAUCAAUUCAGUCUUUACAGUCAGGGCGACAAGUACUUUGCCUUUGGCUUUUUUUCUUCCACUUGUUGGUUCUUUGGUCAACAAGUCGCUGACGGAUUGGACAAUCAAGUGCCCAUUGGUCUUAUCAGUAACAACUGGGGUGGAACAAAAAUUGAAUUGUGGCAACCAGGAGGCUACCUCUACAAUGCCAUGAUUCAUCCCUACAUGGUCGGUCCCAUGGCAGUGACUGGAUUCACAUGGUAUCAAGGAGAAGCCAAUACCAAAAAUCAAACCACGGCCAAUGAUUAUGCCCAGGCAUUUCCUCGAAUGAUUACCCAAUGGCGAACGGGAUUUCAAGCACCACAUGCGUACUUUGGAUUUGUACAACUUUCCACCUGGUGUCCCACUGUCGAACCGGAAGGGGUUGCCAUGAUGCGACAAGCGCAAAUGGCAGUCUUAGAAGUUCUGCCCAGUAUUGGAUACAGUACCAAUGCCGAUCAUGGAGCCGGAUGCAAUAUUCAUCCACCCCCCAAACAGUUUUGCGGGAAGCGAGUGGCGUACUCGGCGCUGGCAAUACAGUAUGGAUACGACGACUAUCACUGGAAAUCACCAUCCUAUUCCAAGGCGACCCUUACCAAGUCUCCCACAACAAACAACGACAUUAUGGUUACGAUUGAUCUUGUCGAUGUCACAUCCAAAGGAUUGUACAUGAUGAUGGACGAACCCUACAACUCGCUCAAUGGAACAUUUGACUGUGCCAAGCAACUACCGGGGACGUGUGCCUGGGCAUCGGUCAAACUAUCGACGCAAACAGAAUGGGUAAAUGCCACACUUUCCAUCCAAUUUCCCAAUCAAGUCGUAUUCACCGUCACAAAACAACAACAACUAGUAGAGCAUGAUGAUGAUGCGACCAUCGAGGCAACAUCGUACGGAUGGGGAUCCGUACCCAUGUUGACACUCUACGAUGCGGGCACUGACCUGCCCGUCUUGCCAUGGAAAGAACCCGUUGGAGUGCAGCAGCAAACUGGGGACAGUGCGUCGACGCUGAGAACGGCAAGGUGAAUGAUCUGCAAAUAAAAUAGUAUUUCAUACAACAAAGAGAAGGAACAUUUGACGAAAACUACUCUGCGAGCCAGUGGCAUGCACAAUCUAGUGUGCAAGAGGGUGCUACCAUACAAGAACGUCUCUCUGGGCCUACCCUUUCUGCUGCAGACUUUCCUGUAAUUUCUAGCUAGUGGAGCGGCCGUUGCCAGGAGGACUACGGGGUCCAUUUACAUGCUUGCUUCUACUCUAGCUAAGGGGAAGACAAAACAUAUUACCAAGUUUUAAGCUCUAAUCGCAGGGACAGCCACAUCCACAUAGCUGUGAUGGAUUUGUGCAGUCAAAACACAAAAUAUCCAAGCCUGUGCACCAUUCAUCUGGUAUGUUCCCAGUCAAGCCAGUGUCACUCAGAAACACCCAAUCCAAAUCAUACCGACCAUCUGGUGAUCGAUCAUAUCCUGGAGGCGGGGCCUGAUUGCAUUCGGGGAUCUGGCUGGUAUUGGCCGGAACAAGUUGACCCAUGGAUGCAGGAAUUUGCCCUACAAGAUCUGGGUUCUUGUCAACACUGAAUCUUCUCAACUGGGAGAGUAGUCCAAGUUCUGAAGGCAAAGUUGAGGAUAGUCUUGCUCCAGUGAGGACCAAAUGGAUCAAGUUGGUGAGCCGCCCAAGUUCACUUGGGAUGGCGCCCAGAGUAUUUUCGGCAAGUGUUAGGGACUUCAAGGCACGGACUACCCCUAGUUCAGAGGGAAUAGUGGUAUCAAGCUGAUUAUUUGAUAACUCGAGGAUUUUCAAUUCUUGAAGAUUGGAAACCUCACCAGCCAAAGACCCAGUCAAGUAAUUCUGUGCAAGAAAAAUGGAGGUCAGCUUGGUCAAUUGCCAUAGCUCACCUGGCAGUGACCCAGUGAGAACAUUGUUUUCCAUCUGCAGGAAUCUAAUAGUUUCAUUCCAAAGAAUGAUUUCUUCAGGGAUAGUACCAGAUAUUUGGUUGUCACCCAACCUUAGCUCUUGAAUCUCAGCUAGUGCAGAGAAGACUUCCACAGGCAAUGCGCCAGAUAUGCUGUUUCUCAUCAAGAAGAUGUGUUUCAAUGAGCCGAGCAACGCAAGCUCGGGAGGAAUUGUCCCAACAAGAUUGUUCUGUAUGAACAUCAGGUUGGCAACUUCAUCCUUCUCAUUGCACAGUUGCUUCCCAUCGUCUAUGGCCAUGCUGUACCAACAGCAUUCGUGAGGGGCACUGUAGUCAAGCCAUGUAUAUUGGUCUCCACCUGGACCAUUACAGCGUGCCGACCGCACAUGAGUGCCCUCAGGAACAGCAAUAGAAGAGGUGUUUCCCCUCGUGAUUCCCCUGCCGUUUUCUAGCCAGUUCACACCUUCAGUGGAAUAGUAAAACGUAGCCAUGGCAUACCUUUGAAGCAGCCUAGCAUCUGUGAAG